UCAGGAAGGAAGAAAGUGACCAGAGGAGACAUGAUCCGCGUUCGUGUAUUUGUUGUGAAUUAAGAGGUCAUCUUUCUAUUCUUUCACACCAAAUUUUCUAUUUAUUCGAAACGACAAUCCCAGCACUCCAUCUGUAAGAAAAGUCCCCGGAUGAUAACACAGCAAGACGAUGGUUGGAGCGGAGCGAAGAUGACGAGCUUCUUUUCAAGUCUUUUAAAUAAACUUUUACCAGCUAGGAGAGCAACCAGCUAUGCGGAAGCGAAAGAAAACCAAGUCUUCGUUUACGGAGAAAAGACUAAAAACCUCCUGACAUUGUACAGAAAGAUUUCUGGUGGAUGUGACCUGCUCAGUUAUAAACAACUCCAGGCAGCUCUCUUUGACCUCGGCAUUCAUUUAUUGCCUUCACAAGCAUUCCAGCUACUUCAUGCCAAUAAGUGCCUUAAAUCUGAAGGUCAUGUGACCUUUGGAGAGUUUUGUAUUAUGGUGGAUACCAUCCAAGAGCAGCAUAAGGGGAGAGAUCUCAGGGAAUUACAAAGACAGAAUUCAUCCAAGAGACAAAUUCGCAAGAAAACAUCAGGUAUGUAAUCCUUUAAUUUGUGGA